AUCAGGUGACUGUAAGUUCUCUGACGGACCGUUAUAAGGGAAGUUUGACAAGUUCCACUCAGUUCUCUCCUGGUCCCAAACUUGGAUUUCAACUUUCUACAAGUGGCGGAGAGAGUCCCUCCGCGCUCGCUUCUUUCUCUCUCUAACUUGUCAGCAGCUAACGCUCCCUGAGAAUGGGUGACUGGAGUGCUUUGGGUCGUCUGCUGGACAAGGUCCAGGCCUACUCUACUGCCGGGGGGAAGGUCUGGCUGUCGGUCCUCUUCAUCUUCAGGAUCCUGGUCCUGGGUACUGCGGUGGAGUCGGCUUGGGGAGAUGAGCAGUCUGCGUUCAAAUGUAACACCCAGCAGCCUGGUUGUGAGAACGUCUGCUAUGACAAAUCCUUCCCCAUCUCCCACGUCCGCUUCUGGGUCCUCCAGAUCAUUUUUGUGUCCACGCCCACGCUUCUCUAUCUGGCUCAUGUCUUCUACCUGAACAGGAAGGAGCAGAAGUUCAACAGGAAGGAGGAGGAGCUUAAAGCCGUGCAGAAUGACGGAGGCGAUGUUGACAUCCCGCUGAAGAAAAUUGAGAUGAAAAAGCUAAAGUAUGGCAUCGAGGAGCAUGGCAAGGUGAAGAUGAAAGGUGCUCUGCUCAGAACCUACAUAGUCAGCAUUUUCUUCAAGUCCAUGUUCGAGGUUGGCUUCCUGGUGAUCCAGUGGUACAUCUACGGCUUCAGCCUCUCUGCAGUCUACACCUGUGAGAGGUCCCCGUGCCCACACAGGGUGGACUGUUUCUUGUCUCGUCCCACAGAGAAGACCGUCUUCAUCAUCUUCAUGCUGGUGGUCUCCCUGGUGUCCCUGCUGCUCAACGUCAUCGAGCUUUUCUACGUGUUUUUUAAGAGGAUCAAAGACCGCGUGAAGGGCAAACAGCCGCCCAUCCUCUACCCCAGCGGAGGCACCCUAAGCCCCACCCCUAAAGAACUGUCCACCACCAAAUACGCCUACUAUAACGGCUGUUCGUCCCCGACCGCCCCUCUCUCACCCAUGUCCCCCCCAGGCUACAAACUAGCCACGGGGGAGCGGGGAACCGGCUCAUGCCGUAAUUAUAAUAAGCAGGCCACUGAGCAGAACUGGGCCAACUACUCCACUGAGCAGAACCGGCUCGGCCAGAACGGUGGAGGAAGCACUAUUUCAAACUCCCACGCACAAGCCUUUGACUUCCCAGAUGACACCCAGGAGCAUAAGAAACUGUCGACAGCGGGACACGAGCUGCAGCCGCUGGCGCUGAUGGACGCCAGGCCCUGCAGCCGGGCCAGCAGCAGGAUGAGCAGCCGAGCCAGGCCAGACGACCUGGACGUGUAAGCCCCGGUUCCUCCUCCUCCUCCUCCCACCUCUGCCUGGCUGCAGCCAGAGUCAGAAAACACUCCAUCACAUAGGUUCAUGUAGGAGGUGGGGCUAACCUCAAUCACUGUCUUCAGCAUAGAGACUCUUAGUCACUCAAAGAGACAUGUAACACUGUCAAAGGUACAAGUUGCAAAUAUUUUUUUUUUUUUACCAUAGUCUGUUAGUGGAGCUAACCCAGAGGAGCACACUGACUGAUCCUGUUCUCAUUAACAAGGGUUACAUUAAAGGAACAUUUCUUCUUCUUUUUCUGCUGUUCCUCCUGUUGCUGACAGCAUUUUACUACCACUGUCACAGCCAUUCUGCUUCACAUCAGCUGUGGGUUUUUAUCACAAGACCGGAUAAAUACGAGAGAAUAAUAAAGUACGCACACACACCGACAUGUUUGCAUUGAAAGACAGUUUGAUGGACUCGGCCACACCUGCUCUGACAGUUUGCUUGCAUAAUAAAGCUGAAUUUACGUGUGAAUCAACAUUAUUAAUACAUUUCUCCUGUUUUCACUGACAUGGUAAUUAUCUUAUCCCAGUUCUUAAUCAAAUCACAUUUCAGUUACAACAAUCGUCCAGAUAAAACAACUUCAUGUAAAGUGUUUAGCACUUGGCUCGUCCUUUGCGUGGGACUGAGGGUUUUGGGGAAGAAUGCUUAUUAUCAGUUGUAGUGAAUAUUUAUUGCUUGGCAUCUGUAGGACACCUACCACUAAGAGGAAAAUUUGACUACUAUCCAGUAUCUCUUACUCACAGAAAACAUCUUACAUUCAUUCCCCACAAACUGUAUAUUUAUUGACAGUAAAAACAUUUUUUCUCAUGAGUAACUUUGUCAGUCAGCAUGGACUGUUGUUUCCUGAUAAACUUUGAAUUUAUGUGGUGUAAUGUUUUCAUUUUUUGUGUCUUUUUUGGGGUGUGUGUAAGAGUGGAAGGGCUGAGGGUUCAGGCUGCCGUGACAGCAAACUCUGAUCUGCUUUUUUUGGCUUCCAUAAAGAAAGGCUUUAUUACUGUGUCUUAUCUUUUUCAUCUUUUGUGGGCUGUAGAGAAAGACAGUAGAAUGAUUAUCUGUGUUUUGCAUAUUUGAGUGAAUGAUUUCUUCGUUCUGUAGGUAUUGUUUUGUUUUUCAGACUCAAUGUAACCGUUGCUGCUUGAGAAAUAGAUAUUUAGUACUGUAAAUCAAGCUAACUGUGUCACAAUAAAAAUGUGAGUUUUUAGAAGACUGCUUAUAGAUCUGGACUAAUAUUUAGUCAGUUAUAUUAAAAUGUAUGCCAAUGUAGCUCCACAACUACCAAACCCUAAGAUACAUUUCAAUUUGGACUCUUUUUCUUUUUUAUUGUAAUUUUAAAUUUUUUCAUUUGUGCAUCAUUGUGUCGGUACUUACAUGUGUCAUGGAUCUUUCAGCUACAAUGGCAUUUGCACUGAGAUCUUGGUGAUGGAGAUGUAAUAUGAUGCACACAGUUAGUGGGAAGACUUUUCUGAUACACAUGUUACUAAUUUAUUUUAUAAUAAAGAAAUCACUACAGUGCAUAAUAUCUGACAUCUGACCACUGGUUUCAUUGACACAACAGGAGCCAGCAGUCAUGUGUUGCCAUAAUUCAGACUGUGCUAAUCCACGGGGGUCCACUGUUGUACAGUGUAAGUGCAUGAUAGCAAAACAAAAACUCAUUCAUUGUAUCUGUGAAAAGCUAUUUUAACCAAUAAAUAUUUUUCUGUCCUAA